AUCCUUGUAAUUGAAAAUCCAAAGUUUCCUUUUCUGGUGAGCUGGCUGCAUUCAGUCACUGGAGUACUGUGCUUAUAUAGACAGUCAUGGAAUAGGAAGAGAGUGCCUGAAUGUCAUCAAGGGGACAGCAGUGACAGCUGAGGAGUGCCAAAGAGACAGUUCAGUCCUGUUUGCAUCUGCUUCUUCACAACAUAAAUAUAAGGGUCCGUUCACAUGAGCAUAUUUUGCUAUGGAUUUCCUGCAGCUGAUUUUUUGUUGCUUAUUUUAUCAUUGACCUACUAGCAGAAAAUAAGCAGCAAAAAAUCCAUGGUAAAAUGUACAUGUACCUAAAGUGGAUUUACUAUUUUGGCCGUGUUUACAGCGAGUUUCCCACUGCAAGUUUGAGCUGUGGAGGAUUUUUUGCAGUGGAAAAUCCGCAGCAGACUCCACUGAAAUCAAUGUAAUGUGCUGCAAACUUUCUGCUGUGGAAACUUGCUGUAAGUCCAUUGACUGAAUGAUCCCGUUGAAGUAUAAUGGAGUCCAUUGACUGAAGGACCCCACUGUCUUAUAAUGGGGUCUGUUGACUGAAGGGACCCACUAAACUAUAAUGGGGUCCUUUGACUGAAGUACCCAACUGACAUAUAAUGUGGUCCGUUAACUGUAGGAAUCCACUGACAUAUAAUGGGGUCAACUGCCUGAAGUACUCAACUGACAUAUGAAGUGGUCCACUGACUGAAGGACCCCACUGACAUAUAAUAGGAUCCACUGAAUGAAGGGCCCCAGUGACUUAUAAUGGGAGGGACUGUAAUGACGUAUAAUGGAGUCCGUCUAGAUGCGCUAAUGAUGUCCAUCGAUUUACCAAAAAGAAUAUCUCUGCAUAGUGCAUGAUUUUUUUCACUCAACUGUAACAGCAUGCAACAGAGAACAGAUCAUUUAAUGCAGAUGUAAAAAGAAGAUAUACUUUUAUUACAUUUUUACACUGCCACGCAAAACCUAUUCUACUACAUCCUAUAUGUUGACUGCUACAAAGUGAUGACAAAUACCAGACACAGAAAGAACGGACUACAGAAAGGAGGGGAAAAAUUCACAAUACAGCAACGGAAUGAAAUACAAUGGAAAAUGUGGAAUUCCUGUCCCUGUAUAAUAACUUCAUUCUUGUGUUGUGUCCUCAUCGGUAGUGUCUGAGACACACGCACACACAUUACUUGCUGGGACCCCCCCUCCUUUCACACCGGAGAGCCUCGGAAGGAGUGAUACUUAGAAGUGGGAGGGGGAGGAAUAGCCAAAGCAAAGUGUAUUGCCUUGAAGUGGUAGAGGAGAGGAAGCACACUGCUCCAGUAUGUAGCACAUCUCAGUCUGCUCUCUAUAGCUCAGCAUCAACCAGCCCGAUCCUCUCCUACCUAAAGAGAUCCCUCAAACUUCAUUAUUAUUCCUCAUUUCUUUUUUUUUUUUCAGUUUUUUUCUCUUUUUACCCCUUUUCCCUAUUUUUCCAUUUUUUUUUUUUUUUCAAGUCUUUUUUUCUCAUCUGGAAGCUGCAACCUGACUGGGAGUUAGUAAUUCAGCUGGUGAAAUCUUAUAAGGACCUUGUAUAUUUGUGACAUUUGUUGGAAAACGCUAUUGGAAAUGGCUGAUAGCAUAAAGUGCGGAUACUAACUCCAUAUCAGAACUGAGGAUUGGAUAUCCAGAAUAUUACCACUGUCUUCAAAUUCUUGUGCUCCUUGUUCCGAAGAUGCUUCAUCUGUUAUUCAUCUUAUCAUUUUUUCCUGUGCUGCUUCAUUCUGCAUCAGCACCAUUUUCUGGCCAACAACAGCACCCAAUCCCAGACCCCUGCUAUGACGAGAAUGGCCUUCCCCGUCGAUGUGUGCCUGAAUUUGUUAAUGCAGCCUUUGGAAAAGAAGUCCAAGCCUCUAGCACUUGUGGACGUCCAGCCACCCGUGCGUGUGAUGCUUCAGAUCCAAAGAAGGCUCACCCUCCCUCUCAUCUAACCGACCUUAACUCAGCUGGGAACAUGACUUGCUGGAGGUCAGAAAGUUUCCCACGUCAUUCACCACAAAAUGUCAGUCUAACCCUUUCACUGGGAAAGAAGUUUGAGGUGACCUAUGUCAGUCUACAGUUCUGUUCUCCUCGGCCUGAGUCUGUGGCAAUUUUCAAGUCAAUGGAUUAUGGCAAGUCUUGGGUUCCCUACCAAUAUUAUUCAUCGCAGUGCCGCCGGCUGUAUGGGAAACCUAGCCGUGCUAGUGUCACCAAGCAGAAUGAGCAAGAGGCACUGUGUACUGAUGGACACACAGAUCUUUAUCCACUGACAGGAGGCCUUAUAGCUUUUAGCACCUUAGAUGGAAGACCCUCAGCUCAAGACUUUGACAACAGUCCUGUGCUACAGGACUGGGUGACUGCUACUGACAUACGUGUGGUCUUUAGUCGUCCUCACCUUCAAGGGAACAAGGAUUCUGAGGUAUCAGAUGAUGGUCCAGGUUUCUUCUACUCAGUUGGAGAGUUUCAAGUGGGUGGCAGGUGCAAAUGCAAUGGACAUGCCUCUCGCUGCGGCAAAGACAAAGAAGGACGGUUAAUUUGUGACUGCAAGCACAAUACAGAGGGACCAGAAUGUGAUCGAUGCAAGGCCUUUCAUUAUGACCGACCAUGGCAGAGGGCCAAUGCUCGGGAAGCCAAUGAAUGCAUGGCCUGCUCCUGUAAUCUGCACGCCCGGCGUUGUCGCUUCAACAUGGAACUAUAUAAGCUGUCAGGAAGAAAGAGCGGUGGCGUGUGCUUGAACUGCAGGCACAAUACAGCAGGCAGGCACUGCCACUACUGCAAAGAGGGCUUCUACCGUGAUGUCAGCCGCCCCAUAACUGACCGCAGGGCUUGUAAAGCUUGUGACUGCCAUCCGGUGGGGGCAGCAGGUAAGACCUGCAACCAGACCACAGGACAAUGCCCUUGUAAAGAUGGUGUGACAGGUUUAACGUGUAACCGAUGCGCCAAGGGAUAUCAACAAAGCCGUUCCCCAAUUGCACCAUGUAUCAAAAUCCCCGCAGUGGUCCCUACUCCAGCCCUCACCAGCACAGAGGAGCCAGCUGAUUGUGAGCAGUACUGCAAACCUCCUAAAGGAAAUUAUAAAAUCAACCUGAAGAAAUACUGCAAGAAAGAUUUUGUGGUGCAGGUGAAUGUUUUGGAGAUGGAGAUGGUUGGUUCCUGGGCCAAGUUUACUGUCAACAUCCUUUCAGUCUACAAAAGUCGGGAUGACCGGGUAAAACGUGGAGAUAAUGUACUGUGGAUACACAUAAAAGAUCUGUCUUGCAAAUGUCCCAAGAUUUUGCUAAGCCGCCGAUACUUAGUCAUGGGCAGCAGCGAGGGGCAAGGAGAUAGGCCGGGACUGACAGCCGACAAAAACAGCAUGGUGAUCCAAUGGAGGGAUGCUUGGACCAGGCGCCUGAGGAAACUACAGCGCAAAGAGAAAAAAGGAAAAUGUGUAAAACCGUGAGGGUCGUCUUGGAUAGGGAACUUCAAUUCUGUAUAUACACAACCUCCAAUGCUUGGAACUACGCACAUGUUGGCAUCACCGGAGAGAGCAAGGAUGCUAAAAGUGCAGCUUAGACAAGAUACACUAUGCAGAAGGACACUUCUUUCCAAUGGUCAGGUAGAAGCUCAGCCACCAGUAGGGUUAUAACAUUAUCAUUAGGUCCACAAAGCGAGAGACAAUGGCGCCCAUGACCUGCCCACAAACCAACCCUUUAAGCAGGCUGGACACUGAUCUUGGUAUUUAUACCUCCAUUCAUGGGGCCUACUGCAUCUUAUAGAAAAUGAAUAAAGAUUUAAAAAGGACUAGGAAUAUUCUCAAGCUGUGACCUGGUGUCACUCAGUCACAAGGCCUCGGUUCUGCUAUAUAAGGUUAUCGUAUCAUUUUGCUGUCUUGAACUCUUAAGUCAGAUGGUUUUAAUUUUAUAUUGUAAAAAUAACUCGACUGGACUGGGACAUGUGUUUUAAGUUGUAUUCCCGAAGAGCGACUCGCGGUCCAGUUACCAUGAUGGAUCUACAAUGAGAAAUGUGUCUAAGCUUUAAGAAUAUAUGCAUUGCUAAGCUCUUUGCCCUCAGACAAUUAUGUUUAGGUGGUCAUAGAAAACAUUGAAAGGUAUUUUGAAAGAAUUGUCUUGGGAUUCCAGACCAAGCUCAUAUCUCUUGGAUAUGACAUAAUGCAAAUGCCUCUCAAUAUGGGCCUCAAUUAAUUCCUGACAAGGAGAAAGAGAAUGUCUCAAAUUCUAGCAAGGCCGCUACUAACUUAUACUGGACAAGAAAAAAAAAACCUACUUGCCCCAAAAAUGUAGCACCUUUGUUCUGAUACCUUGCAGAUCGUUCUAUGGUAUAUGUAUAUGGAUUGAAUUUAGCGAUGAAGACCUGCAGAGCUAUGUACAGCAACCCAGCCUCUGCCAAACAGCACGACACGGCAUAUGCUACAGAAAAAAAACUAAAAAAAACUAUAGACUUGAGGACUACAUUCUGAGUGUGUAAAAAGUGUUGUGAUAUUCCAAAUAGUGUAACAUACAAGCCGGUAUAUUAUCCUCUAUUAUAAUGCAUUAGACAAGACCUGCUUACUGAUUCUCACAUGUAGCAGUGAAGGGGUGUGUAAUACAAUGUGUGUUUUGUAGUAAUAUAUGAUAAUUUUAACCACCUCCUGUACAUUUACGUACUGUUUAUUUAGUGUGUAUCAUAUGUAUAGAAUAUUUUGGUGGACACAGCUGUUUUCUUCGUGUCAGUUGCUUCUCAGAGUCCUCACAUCAACUGAUCUGCUAAAAAAAAAAAAAAACUCUGUAGGGCUUUUAUGGAAACUGGUAAACAGGAAAAAUGUGCCGCAUCCAGCGAGCAAUUAGAUUAAAAUGGAAGUAAACAGACAAUUUGCUACUGUGGGAUAUGGCACAUAUUUCCCUGUGUAACCAGAAUAGAAUCAACUGUGUCUGUUGAUUAUUUUGACACAGCUUGGAGCAAAUUCCUAAUUUUUGCUAUAUUUUGGGAGGUGCCGUCUGAUUGUGACGUAUAAAUUUGAUCUUUAAAUAUGAUCUUUAUGAACUGAUGCAUGGUUAGUAUGUGUGGUAAAUGUAGGAAUGUUUUACGUGAGAUUGUGAACAAAAUGCAGCAGGUUAAAAGGGAUAUUCUGCUUUGGUCAAUCUCUACAUUUUAGGUUAUGGUCACACGCUAGAAUUUCUGUAUGGAAUUCUGCAUGAAUUUAUAGCCAAUACACUUUAUUGGGAUUCUGCUGUCCCAUUCACACAGCAAAAUUUCUGCUGCAGGAAUUCUAUUGAAGUGAAUGGGCAAUACACUUCUGCAGAAUUUUAAUGCGGAAUUCCAUGCUGAAAUUCUGCCAUGUGGACAUAGCCUUAGAAGGGUCAAUAAGUGCCCAACAAACUGUCCCCCUGUCAGGAUCCCCAAUGAUCAGCUGUGAUCACCGGACAGUGAGUGAUUAUUUCUCUACAGCGCCUCCACAGGAGAAAAGAAGCAAGAGACCAUGCACAUUCAAAUUGAUAAGUGUGUAUUGCAGGACAGAACAGGUUCUUCAGAGACAUUCUCUGUAACAGGUUCUCUGUAAGCAUUUUCUACUCUGGCCUAGAGAUGCGGAUCCUGAACAGGGGGCCCUCCUCUAUUACUUACAGAGUAGAUGACAAUGGGUUCUCUAGACCUUAUUUAAUUGCCCCUUUUUUUAAAAGCAGGUAAAGUUGCAUGUUAAAUAAACCUUCAUAUUACAGGAGAGCUUUUAAAACUAGUGAAAAAUAAAAGAAGAGCUGCAUAGCAGCCAUUUAUUAAUGCAAGGAUAUAGAGGACACCCAAUAUAUAAAGAGCAAAUUCCCAGUGUGGUGAUCCUAAAUAUAAACAGGGCUAUCUAACUAAAGGUAUGUUAAGAUAUACUGUAUAAACUGCAGAUUUUAUCAGCUUACCAGCUUGAAAUAUGCAGUGUAUACAGUACGUGUGAACAUACCCUAACACAACAUUACAACAAAAAUUGUGCACUAAAUGAAUAAAAAAAAUAUUACCUUAGACAAUUUUGCUUACACCACCUAAUGGCUGGCUUUCAUGUACCGUAUUUUUCGCCCUAUAGGACGCACCGGCGAAUAAGACGCACCCAAUUUAUAGGUGCAAAAUAAAAAAAAAAUAAAAAGAUUUUGAACCCAAUAGUGGUCUUCAACC